CCGUCCGCUAAGCGAGCCAGUCGCUCCUACUAUUAAUUAGGACAAACAAUUAUGUCAUCGAAAUACAACAAAUUAGACAUUCUGUUCACGCGAUUAUUGGUUCUGUUGUGACAGUGAUAAAGUUCAAUUUUGUGCAAGUGAAAGAAACUAUUUACUUUAAGGUGGAUUUUAACAAAAAUGACCGUGACCUGGAAAUAACAAUAAAACCAUGAUUCCAGUCCGAUCUUUAAGAUAGCAUUAGGAUAAGUACCGCUCAAAAAUAUAAGACAAUAAAGUGACCUAAGUGAAGUGAAGUGAAGAUGAUGAACAAAAUGGUGAUGGUGACGGCUUUUGUGCAAUUAGUGAUGAUGAUGAGCUGUGAAGGUGCUAGAGUUGCUGCCGCUGUCAGUUUUUUAACAAAUGCCUCCUACCAAGAGAUUGAGCUGAAAGGCGAGUCCAGCCUGUCCCUCCGCGACAUCUUGCCAGUGAAGGCGAAGUACUACGACAAGAACAGGGCUCCGAAGCUGCUGGGGCAGCCCACGGUGGUCUACUUCCACGUCACUGUGCUGUCGCUUGACUCCAUCAAUGAGGAGAGUAUGACCUACGUAGCAGACAUCUUCCUCGCUCAAUCCUGGAGGGACCCCCGUCUCCGUCUCCCAGAAAACAUGCACGAAGAAUACCGGAUCCUGGACGUGGAAUGGCUGAACAGCAUCUGGAGGCCGGACUGCUUCUUCAAGAACGCCAAGAAGGUCACCUUCCAUGAGAUGAGCAUCCCCAACCAUUAUCUAUGGCUGUACCAUGACAAGACUUUGCUGUAUAUGUCAAAGUUAACAUUAGUAUUAUCUUGCGCAAUGAAGUUUGAAUCGUAUCCACACGACACGCAAAGCUGCUCCAUGAUGAUUGAAAGUUUGUCCCACACGGUCCACGACCUGGUGUUCAUCUGGAACCUGACAGACCCCCUGGUGGUGAACCCUGACAUCGAACUGCCUCAACUAGACAUUUCUAACAACUACACCUCGGACUGCACUAUCGAAUACUCUACAGGUAACUUCACCUGCUUAGCGGUCGUCUUCAACUUGCGCAGGCGCCUCGGCUACCACCUGUUCCACACGUACAUCCCCUCAGCACUCAUCGUGGUGAUGUCCUGGAUCUCUUUCUGGAUCAAGCCCGAAGCCAUCCCGGCGAGAGUCACGCUUGGCGUCACCUCGUUACUGACUUUAGCAACCCAGAACACGCAGUCCCAGCAGAGUCUACCACCAGUUUCCUAUGUCAAAGCAAUAGACGUGUGGAUGUCGUCCUGCUCUGUUUUCGUAUUCCUCUCACUCUUCGAGUUUGCGGUAGUCAACAACUACAUGGGGCCUGUGGCUACGAAGGCCAUGAAGGGGUACUCUGACGAAGACCUGUCGAGGGAUCUGGACGCGUUCAAACACAUAUUCCCCAACACAGUGGACCCAAGAGCCAGUACAUCAGCCUCCAUACCCCAGUACGAAACCUUCUGCAACGGGAGAGAGACAGCUGUAUACAUCGAUCGGUUCUCUCGCUUCUUCUUCCCGUUUUCAUUUUUCAUACUCAAUGUGGUGUAUUGGUCUACGUUUUUGUAGAGUUUUUAGUUAAGAUGUUAAGGCAUUUAGAGACAUUGAUAAAGGUAAAAUGCCUAACUUAAUCAAAUACAAUCGAUUGAUAUCAAUAAACACAUACUUAUUUGCUCUACAUAAGUUUUAACAGCUUUAAAUAGGUAAUAGGUCACUUUUGUGUGAUUGUUAUGACGUCAUUAAACUUAUUCGCCAAUUUUUAUAUUGAAGUAGGUAUUUUAAAGUUAUUAAAUUGGCAUUAGCCAAUUGAAAACUGGGGUUUCAGGUCUAAAAUGAGGUGCUUUUAAGGGUGGAAGGUUGGGGGAGGAAGAUAAUCUUAAGGGGUUAAAAAAAAACCUAUACUUAAAUCGAAAGCAGAAGGUUAAUGCAAGCUUAUUCGGGCCUGCACACUAAAAUUAAAAUUUUGAAUUUCAAUAAAAAUAGUGUUUUAGGUAUCAUCUACCAA